CGAGCAUUUCAUUCCCUUUAUUCUUCUUCUAAAUCUAUCAAUUUUUGAUCGACGAUGAAUAAUUCCGGGGAGAAACGGCUUCUUGUGAAACGUAACCAUGGAAAGGGUGGUAUGUUUUAUUUAACUCCUCUUUCUCCGCGAGAUUUAUCUGAAAUAUCUGAAGAAAGUUUCGACCUCCCUUUUCUGGAUCCAAGCACAUCUACUCUUUGUAACAGUUGCGGGGGUUUGUUGUUUUUCAUCGAUUAUCCUGGCACUGUUGGUUAUCUUUACACUGGACAUGGUUAUCUUUGCAACCCCACAACCCAACAGGUUCAGAUCAUUCCUUCCAAGGAAGCCUCUCCAUCUCCAGAUUAUGUAAACAUUUUGCUUGGUGGUUGUGUAGGCUAUGAUUCUAAAUCUGAUGAUUACAAAAUCCUAGGAAUUUGGGAGCGUAAUUACCGCCCGUCAGGGCCUGCUAUCCGAACUUUUGAGUUGUAUUCGUUAAGAAAUAAUUCUUGGAAGGAGAUUCCGACUCUUACUGCUUUUAUGGCCAAAAUGUUGCGUUGUGGUAUUGAAAAAAUUAUAUAUGUUAGAGGUAAGUGUUAUUGGCUUUGUGCGACUGCCUCGGGAGUUAUGUCGUUCGACUAUAGUGAGGAAAGCUUCUCUUACUUGCCUUUACCACGAAAGGCUCAUAUCUUUCGUUUUAGCCUUGUCAAGUUUAAUGAUGAAGAUUUGUUAGGUAUGGUUUACUGUGGGCGACGAGGAGAUAGUGAACUUGGUUAUUAUUUUCAGGCUUGGGUAUGGAGAGAGGGGUGGGAUAAUAUGUUUUGUGUCUCUCUUGGUGGUGCUGUAGAUGAAGUAGAGGGGACAAUAUACGGCGGAUUUUUGUUUCUUCGUGGAGCUAGUGUGGAUGUUGAACAACGGCGUCUAGUAGUUUAUGAUUGGACUAAGAAAGAGUGCAAGGAACUUGGUAUUUAUAAUUAUCACAAUAUAAUAGAUGUUUUUUGUUAUGUUGAGAGCCCCGUUUGUAUGCCCCAUGGAAUGCCAAUCAGUGGAUUCCCUAUUCUUACUUGUGGUGAUUUAGCCGGUGGAUUCCCUAUUCUUACUUAUGGUGAUUUAGGCAAGGACGAACACGAGUAUACUUGUGAGUAUGACUCUAUGGAGGAACACAACUAUGAGGUGUAUAACUCUUCGGAUGAAGCCUGCGAUGCAGAUCUCGAUGAUUUUGCUGCUAAUGGAUUCCGUGUCCUUGAUGAUAAGGAGUUGGAGGAGGAGGAGGAGGAGGAGGAGGAUGAGGAAGAGUGGAGAUACGAUGCCGUUAUGGAGGUUAUGGAGUUGGAGCCGCAGGAGGCGGAGGUUGUCCACAAUUCUUUUCUUCCUGGUGGCACACAACACUACUAUACCCUUCCCUCAUAUGAGAAUCCUGAUACAGCAAGAGCAGAAAAUCCUGAUGCACAAGGAAACAUGAUUAUCUCUAGAGAUGAGUAUAAGAGAGUUGAUUUUCAUAUGGUGAAUUAUAUGGAUGUAAAGUUCUUCGUAAUCAAGUCAGAGAGUGAGGAUGAUGUGCACAAGAGUAUUAUGUAUAACAUGUGGUCAUGCAGUCCCUAUGGGAACAAGAAGCUUAAUGAUGCAUAUAAAGAUUCCCAGAGAAUUGCUGCUGGAUUCCCAUUAAUCUGCCCCAUCUUCCUCUUCUUUUUUGUCAGAGUUAAUAUGAGUGGCCAGUUCCGUGGUAUGGCAGAAAUGACUGGCCCAGUGGAUUUCCACAGAGAUAUGGAUUUAGAUAAAAGGAGUGGAAGCUUUCCUGUAAAGUGGCACUUCAUAAAGGAUUUGUCGGACUUGGAUAGUUUUCACACCUUAUCGCAGAACAAUAGUGACAACAGAGACAUACAAAGGAUAAGCUACUGUAAAGGUGGGAGUAUGCUUGAAAUAUUCAAGGGCAACAAAGCAUGAGAGGAGGUUUGGUGGAUCUGGAUGGUUUGCGUUUUUGUUUGAAAUGGGGGAUACUCGUAUAUUAUGUGAAGCUGGAUUUGGAUGGUUUGCUUUUUUGUUUUAUGCUUCAGAUGAGUUACAUAUUAUGCUUAAGAUGUUCUGUGAAGGUGGAUUUCGAUGGUUUGUUUUAUGCUUAAGAUGAGUAACAAGUCUAAGAAGAAAACAUAAUAUUUAAAACUC